UCUGCGGCGUCUGGAGCCCGAGACGGCGGAGCGGAGCAGGCCGGUGCCGGGGAGGGUCAGGACGGGGAGAGACGCGGAGGGAAGACGGUCAGUGCUCGACCACCGGAGGGUUCAGGCCCGGGGCUGCAUGGCGAAACGGGGUGAAGAGGGAGUUGAAGGUCUGAAGGUGGAUCAGUUUCAUCGCCACAAAAGUCCCUCAGCAUUUUGAUGUCUUUUAUUUCGUUUGUGUUUACUUCAAAUGCAUCGAUCCGGCCUGUAGUGUGUUUUUGUUUCAUCAUGCCUCUUGAUCUGGACGGUGACGCAGCGCCAAACAAAACGAGUCCAGAACAGGAAGCAGAACAGGAAGUGUGUGAGGUCUCAAAGGAAGAGAAAGUGACAGACACACCAACGCGAAGAGUCGGACGACCUGCUCGAAAACGCAAAGCACCUGUUGUGAAUAGCUGUGAGGUUGUGACUGAGGGCUUGGCCUGUAUAAAGCCCGCAGAGUGUAACGGUGAAGCCGACAGUAGGGUUGCAAAGAAGAGCCUGGAGCGGAACGACUCUUCCCCUGAAUCCUCUCAUCAGAACGGCACAGACACGCCCCCUGGUGAAGACUCCGCCCCUUCCACACCACGGAAGAAACGAGGACGACGGAAACUCGAGCGCACGGAGCGAGACAUAGAAGAAGACGACACCAGCAGCGACACCAGCAGAGGAGAGAGUGACGGGGCCCGUCACAGGGGUCGACAGGGCUGGGACAUCAGUCUAAGGAGGCGACCGGUACAGAGAGAGACCUUUCAGGCCGGAGACCCGUAUCAUAUCAGCCGCAGAGAGAAAGAGGAGCUGCUCGCUCACUGGAGGAAGGAGAAGGAGAAGAAGGUCCACCUGGUUGCAAUGAGUGACACAAUGGACGACCAAUUAGCAGUGGGCUCUCAGGAGGAGGAGGAGCCAGCCAUUAACCUUCCAUCCACACCUCAGCAACAGCACACUGACCCCGCCUCCCCAACGGUUGCCACGACACCCGAGCCACCUCCCGCCACCUGCGGUGAGAAAGUUCUGACGGGAAUCGCGCCGAUUCACCAUGAGUACGAGGAUGGCCUUGGAUAUGGCAUUGGAGAGCUGGUGUGGGGAAGCUGCGGGGUUUCUCCUGGUGGCCUGGACGCAUCGUGUCCUGCUGGAUAACGAGCCGCGGUCCAGCGGCUGAAGGCUCACGCUGGGUCAUGUGGUUUGGGGACGGAAAACUGUCUAUGGUGUGUGUGGAAAAGCUGCUCCCCUUGAGUGCGUUUUCCAGAAUCUUUCAUCAAACCACCUACAACAAACAGCCCAUCUACAGAAAAGCC